GUCAUAAUGGCGGCUCGCUGCAUGUGAAGGGCUCGGAGCUGAAGCCGGCUUAAUGAUUCGAGAAAAUGUAUAAAACGCCAUGUAGCAGACUGUCAGGUUUGGUUGGUGCAAGCGUGAAACAGAAACUAGUUCAAACAGUUCCUCAAUGCAACCAGACAGCUCGCAGCCUUAUUCAGCUCUACAGAAGAGAUCCAUCAAACUGGCUGACGUACCAGCACCUCAACUUCCUGAAACGCCAGUAUGUAGCAAAGAACAACAGUGAGCUUCACCAGCGUGCCAUCCCAAAACCGGCACCUUCCCUGACCAUUGUGGAUGAGAGAGAUGACAGCGUUGAAAGACAGGUGCAGAGGAUAUCGACUAUUGAUCCUGUGGUCACAGAUACAGUUUCACCACCAGAGGAUGUCGCCAGUAAAGCACAGCCAGGAAUAUCCACCUUGAAGCCGGAUACAGAAGAUGCUGCAGCACAGAAAGAUGCUGUGUCCGGUGCGGCUGGGACUUCGGUUGAGACGCCUCAUGUCCAGGUGGAGACGGAGGAGGCGAGGGAGGCCCGUCUAGACAGACAGUGGAAGCAGAUGAAGAUUGAUGUGGCUGAUUUGCCACAGGUCUACGCAAAGCUGGCCAAAAUAAAACUCACAGCUCUGGUGGUUACGAGUGCGGCAGCCGGCUUUGCAAUGGCUCCAGUGCCCUUUGACCCCGUACUCUUCUUCGUGUCUUCUCUGGGAACAGGCCUCGCCUCUUGUACUGCCAACUCAAUCAACCAGUACUUUGAGGUGCCAUUUGACUCCAACAUGAACCGCACAAAGAACCGUCCACUCGUCAGAGGACAAAUCAGUCCCCUCCACGCAGUGUCCUUCGCUCUGGCGUGUGGAAUUCCCGGAGUUGCUCUGCUCACGCUGGCGGUAAACCCUUUAACGGGCUUCCUGGGAGCCCUCAACAUCUUCCUCUACACCUGCUGCUACACGCCGCUCAAGAGGCUCAGCAUCACCAACACCUGGGUGGGAGCAGUGGUGGGAGCGAUACCUCCUGUCAUGGGCUGGACGGCUGCCACCGGCUGUUUGGAUCUAGGUGCUUUGUUGAUGGGCGGCUUCCUGUACAGCUGGCAGUUCCCUCACUUCAACGCCCUCAGCUGGAACUUGAGGGAAGACUACUCCCGCGGCGGCUACCGCAUGAUGUCCGUCACCCACCCGGGCAUGUGCAAGCGGGUGGCCCUGCGCCACAGCGUGGGCCUGAUCGGCCUGUCCACCGUAGCGCCCGUGCUGGACGUCACCACCUGGACCUUCCCCGUCAUCUCCCUCCCCAUCAACGUGUACAUCAGCUACCUGGCCGUUCGCUUCUACCACAAGGGAGACCGCAGCAGCGCCCGCAAGCUGUUCUUCUGCAGCCUGUGGCACCUGCCCAUGCUGCUGCUGCUGGCGCUGCUCUGCAAGAAGCCUCGCAGAGAUCCAGAGGCACCAGAUCUACCUCCAGCUACGAUACCACUCGCACUGCAGAGCUAGCUAGAGUCACAGAUGCAUAAACACUUGUUAGAGCUUCAUUUUAACUCCCUCGGUGUGUCCUUUAACCACUUGUUCUUGGAGGCGUCUCCAUCGUGGACACAUUAUUUUAUCUGUUUAAAUGAAGCCACUUGUUGCUCGCUGCAGAUCAGGAAAUGAGCUGGAAAUGAUUUUGGAUCAAAAUAACUGAUUUACAGAAAACACACUGAAUUAUUACAUCAGGUUGUAAUCAUUUCCAUACGUGUGUGUACUGUGUAUAUUCUGUAUUUAUUUAUGCUGGGGGCCGCCAGUUCCUCUCCGUUUGCACAUGACUGAUAUUAAAUAUCUUGUACAGUGUAAAUUGCUCCUGUGGAUCCACGCACGGAUCACCGUCUGUGGAUUGCUGCAUUGUGCAGAUGCAGAAUAGAAGAAAAAGACGUAUAAUGGACAUGAAGACGUUUAGAGAUGCACCGAUUGACUUUUUUUUUAAGUCUGACCUGACGAUUCAGAUUUUCUUUCUUUUUAAUCAUUAACAGCAUGUAGAAACAUUUGAAACUUUGCUUUAAAGCCGCUGGAAAGAGGGCUUGAAAUGGUAAUUUGGCUGCUGGAACCAUUUGUCAGGAUAUUGGGGGUGUGAUCAGAUCACGCUUUAUUGACAGACUUUGACGCUAACGUUUUAUUUUCCUUUCAGCCACGAGAGUUAAAACGUGACGCGACAGACUUCUUCUCACGCACGGCUGUUUGUCUGAAACGUAAAGUGCGGCCGUGAUGUCACCGUUCUCACAGGAUCUGCGCAUUGGCAGAUCACACGGCGAGAAGAAGAGGUGGCGUUUUCGAAAGAUUACGCUCUGAAACACGGUUUCAAAAGUUUGCGUCUGCAGUUUUGUGUCAGCGAAAGCCCAAACCGCAAAAGUUUAACGUUUCAUGCAGGAACCGUUGCUGUGUAAACGACCCUUUGAUGUCUUUCGUAAGAGUCCAACGUCUUUCUGACGUCAUCUUCAGUGCCAGCCGGGGUGAAACAUGCAUGGGAAUCAAUCACUGCUUUUGGGAACAUGUUGCAGCUCUCACAGUAGUUCAUUAGCGCCUUUGCUGCUGUUUACAAUGUGAAAUUUGACCGUCACAGGAUCGGCCGUAUCUAAGACUGUGAGGCCCGCCGAUCAAUCGGUGCAUCUCUAACAACAUCAUGUAAUCAAAAGAGUUCUGCUUUUUGUCAGUCAGUGUGUGAAAAUAGGACGAAUACAAACUCUCUGAAGCAGCUCUGACAUGUUUUCACUGUAUGACUUUGACCUCUUACUUGACAGCUGAAGCCUCGUUGUGUUUCACUGCAAAGCAAACGCUCCGAUGGCUCGUUAUCCUCAUAAUGGUUUAAUUCAACACGGUUGGCCUGCACCAAAACAAAGAGAAUAGCUUCCCCUGUCUGAAACACAAGGGCAAAUGUUCUCCGACAAUAAACACGUCAUGAUUGUAA